UUCAGGGUGGGUGACAUCCACAUUGUUGUUGUUGUCCGCCUUGGAAGUAAUUCCAUGUUGUGCAGCAGAGCUGUUGGCUACAAGAAGACUAACUGUUGAAAGCUGGAAGUUUACCACAUCCUAUGAGAUUCAGGGAUAGAUGACUGUCAGCUAAUAAACAGACAACCAGAACUUACAUUUUUAGUUCAUUAUUAGCACAAGGAGGAUAGGCGGAAACAGGUCAAAUAAUAGCUGGACAACCUUAACCCUUAACAGGAUUGUUCAGGGUAGCAACAUGUCAGACUCAAAGAGACUUGAGUUCUUCAGCAAUAUCCUGAACUGCAGUGUAGGCUCACCCUGUUAUAACUCCCACCUGAUCUUUCACAACACGAGUAUAGACAGCGGGCUGGAGAUUCUCGAUGACGGAUCCCCCUGGCUGAGAAUACUCAUCUCUGUGGUGUACUUUGUUGUGGCUACAGCUGGAGUGUUGGGGAACUUGUUGGUGAUGUUCCUGCUGUAUUCCACUCACACCAUCACCACGGGCACCAUCAAUUUCUUUGUGUUCAACUUAGCUUUGGCUCACUUGCUGUUCUCCCUGGCCUUGCCAUUUUGGGCCAUAGACAUUGCUCUGGACUACAGCUGGCCUUUUGGCCUGGCCACAUGCAAAGCCGUGUCAUUACUCACAGGGCUCAAUGUCUUUGCGAGCUGCUUUUUCCUGACAGCUAUGAGUGUGACCCGGUACUGCUAUGUGGCCACUGCUCUCAAACCCAGUGCCUCCCUGUGCAGUAGAUCUUGCACUUCUCCAGUGGCCACAGCUUUCAUCUGGACUGCAGCGCUCAUAGCUGCAGCACCCCGAGGUGUGUUUGCUGACCUGACACAUGUGGGCAACGACACAGCAUGCCUGCUUAGAUUUCCAGAUGGUACAGCCUGGCUUGGAAUAAACCAGCUCCUGCGAGUGGUGCUGGGAUUUCUACUGCCCUACGCCACCAUCACCCUCUCCUACCUGCUUCUGAUGCGCUUCCUUUGCCGGCAUAAACUGAAGGGCAGCAACUCUCUGCGAAAAGCUGACAUUUCGAAGUCUGUGGCGGUGGUGGUGCUUUCAUUCUGCGCCUGCUGGUUCCCGUACAAUAUCCUCACACUUUGGAGUGUCCUGGUCCAACUCGACAUCGUUGAUAUCAGCCCCUCGUUCUACUUGGCUCAGACAUACUUUUUCCCUCUGGCCAACUGCUUGGCUUUCACCAGCAGCUGCUUCAACCCUGUCAUCUAUUGCCUGGUGAGAAAAGAAUACCGUGUGGCUCUCCACAAUGUGCUCUUCAAGUUGAGCUUGGCCAUCAUGUCCAAGAUGCCUUAUGGCAUUAAUUCUGAGGAGGGGUCGGGACAAGCUGGGCAGCUGGCCAUUCCACUCAAUACCAUGUACAGCCAAACUGACACAAGGAGUUAUGCACCUCUGUCAGCACUUCCAACAGUUGUGUAAAGCCACAACACAAUGAUCGAACUCUUGACACAAUACUUUAGUGUAACAAGUUUUUAAUGUGAUCUUUUCCUCUAAGGAUGCACAGUAUAUAUUUGAGAUGUGUAAUGAAUAAGCUGCAUCUUAAACACACCUAAGCUUUUGUGGGUCUAUUUUACAGUUGUAUCUGUCUGAAUGGGCUGCACGACUUUAGUCUCAUUCAGUGAAGGCAUAAUACAAGUUUCAACUUCAGUUCUUUUACUAAUUCACUACAAAUUUGAUGUCCCUUCUAUUCGUUUUCUUCUCAGUCUUCUUACUAUUGUUGUAUUAUUAUCAUGAAUUAUUAUACAAUAGUAAGCUAUUGUACAGAUGUUUACUGGUGCAGUUUGGAACAAUUAACAUUCCUGUACUCUAGGUCUGGAUUGUGGUUGUC